GUGGCAGAAAGAAAGCUGACCAUGGAAGAAGAGGAAGCCAAACGUAUUGCAGAAAUGGGAAAGCCAAUCCUGGGUGAACAUCCAAAAUUAGAGGUUAUCAUUGAAGAGUCCUACGAGUUCAAGAGUACAGUGGACAAGCUCAUCAAGAAGACAAACUUGGCGUUGGUUGUAGGAACUCAUUCAUGGAGAGACCAGUUCAUAGAAGCCAUUACUGUCAGUGCAGCAGGUGAAGAGGAUGAGGAUGAGUCUGGUGAGGAGCGCCUGCCCUCCUGCUUUGAUUAUGUCAUGCAUUUCCUGACCGUCUUCUGGAAAGUGCUCUUUGCCUGCGUGCCCCCGACAGAGUACUGCAAUGGCUGGGCCUGCUUCAUUGUGUCCAUCUUGAUCAUCGGCAUGCUCACUGCCAUCAUUGGAGAUCUGGCCUCCCACUUUGGCUGCACAAUUGGCCUCAAGGAUUCUGUGACCGCCGUGGUCUUCGUGGCCUUUGGCACUUCGGUCCCAGACACUUUUGCUAGCAAAGCGGCCGCUGUACAAGACAUUCAUGCAGAUGCUUCCAUUGGCAAUGUCACAGGCAGCAAUGCAGUCAACGUCUUCUUGGGCAUUGGACUGGCCUGGUCAGUAGCUGCCAUCUACUGGGCUUAUCAAGGAGAGGAGUUCCAUGUAUCAGCCGGCACUCUUGCCUUCUCUGUGACACUGUUCACCAUUUUUGCUUUUGUCUGCAUCAGUGUGCUGUUGUACCGAAGACGGCCUCAUUUUGGAGGAGAACUAGGAGGCCCCAAAGGGUGCAGACUUGCCACAACUUUGCUUUUUGUGAGUCUGUGGCUAUUGUACAUUUUAUUUGCUACCCUGGAGGCCUAUUGCUACAUCAAAGGGUUCUAAGUCACGGAGAGAUUUCAAGCCAAAAGGGAGGCCUUCUCCUCCUUUGAUACCUCAUUGAACACCAGAGUGUUGUCUGACCAGGAGUGGCCGCUCCCUAUCAAUUUUCCAGAACUGCCCAGGUUAAAGGAUGACUGGGCUUCAAGAAGGGCAAAAUUAUCAUUAUAAAAAGUAAAGACAGAUAUUAAAAUAAAGCCAACAACAUCAGUCACUCAGUCAAAUCAGAAAUAUCAGCAGUUCU